GCUGAGCCAUCUCUCCAGCCCCCCUGGCUUGAGGUCUUGAGGUCUCCUGUAGCCCAGGCUGGCAUCCCGAGCUCUACAUAGCCCGAUCCUUUUGCCUUCAUUUCCAAAGUACUGAAAUGCCAGGCCUGCACCCCAAUGCUGACCUCUUUGGUGUGUGUGUGUGUCUGCUUGAGACAGCAUCUCACUGUGGAGCCUAGACUGGAUUUCAACUUUCAGUCCUGCCUUGCUCUUCCUGAACUCCAGAAUUAGUUUUACAAGGCUGUGCGGGGUUCACCCGCUUUGUGAAUGCACCCUAAACCACUAAACUGUACACAUCACAUUAAAGGGUGCAUUUUAUAUAAUUGUAUGCAAAGUAUGACUAAAAUUUGAGGGGAAAUCACAAUCAGCAGUAUUCUCCGUAUAUCUUUUUCGUAUAAAGCAACCGGGUAAUUAACCGGCCUCAACUGAUCUCGCAGUUAAGCCAAUGAUGCCAUUUUCAUGCCAGUAUUUUUUGUAAUUAUCUGAGUCCCAUGCCUCCAACCUUUUAGAAUUCUGGUUAUUUCUCUGAAGGCGAACACUUGGUUCCCCCAAACUCGGCUCCGCACCAAGUCACUUAAAGCGUUUGCUUUCCAGAAAACAGCCAAAACAUUCCGUAAUCAAGGGAACAGAAGCUAUGCCCUCCCACCGUGGCUGCCACCGAGGUCGGCUGAGCUAAGGAAGUCGUGUUUCGUGUUUCCGGUACCGCCUCUUCCUGCGCUAGCGGCGGCUUCGCGGAAGUGCGCGGUACACGUGUGUUUGCUCGGGGUCCGGUAGCGAUGGACGCUUUGGAUAAAGUCCUAAAACCUAAAACCAAAAGGGCUAAGAGAUUUCUUGAGAAGAGAGAACCAAAGCUCAAUGAAAACAUUAAGAAUGCCAUGCUGAUUAAAGGAGGAAAUGCAAAUGCAACUGUGACGCAAGUUCUCAGGGACGUGUAUGCACUGAAGAAACCAUAUGGAGUUCUCUAUAAAAAGAAAAAUAUUACAAGACCAUUUGAGGAUCAGACGUCACUGGAAUUCUUCUCAAAGAAGUCAGAUUGUUCUUUAUUCAUGUUUGGCUCCCAUAAUAAGAAGAGGCCGAAUAAUCUAGUAAUAGGUCGAAUGUAUGACUACCAUGUGCUGGAUAUGAUUGAACUGGGUAUUGAGAAAUUUGUCUCUCUAAAGGAUAUUAAGACUAGUAAGUGCCCUGAGGGAACAAAACCUCUGUUGAUAUUCGCUGGUGAUGAUUUUGAUGUAACAGAAGACUAUAGAAGAUUAAAAAAUCUUCUUAUUGAUUUCUUCAGAGGCCCCACAGUGUCAAACAUCCGACUGGCCGGAUUAGAGUAUGUUCUGCACUUCACGGCACUGAACGGGAAGGUUUACUUUCGAAGCUAUAAGCUGCUGUUGAAGAAAUCUGGCUGCAGAACCCCACGAAUUGAGCUGGAGGAGAUGGGACCGUCGCUCGACCUUGUUCUGAGGAGGACACACUUAGCGUCAGAUGACCUUUAUAAAUUGUCUAUGAAAAUGCCCAAAGCUCUCAAGCCAAAGAAGAGAAAGAAUAUCUCUCAGGAUACUUUUGGUACAACUUUUGGAAGGAUUCAUAUGCAGAAGCAAGACCUAAGCAAACUACAGACCAGGAAAAUGAAGGGGUUGAAGAAGCGACCUGCAGAGAUGGGGACAGACGACGAGGGGAAAAAAUCAAAGAGAAUUAAGAAAAAUGAUUGAAACCAACUGACAGUGACCACUUUCUUGUGGUUGUUUACUAAAGAGAACUGUUCGAUUUGAGUCUGUUCAGUUUUUUUCAUAGGAAUUUGUUGUUUCUUUGUAGGUUUUUAGAGGCAUAGUGGUAAGAUGAGAUCUCAUAUUGUAGCCCAGGCUAGCCUCAGUCUCCCAAGAGCGGCAAUUACAGGCAUGUACCACCAUACCUAGCAUAUUGUAUAUUUCUGUAACAUAACUUAUUACUUAAAUUUUUAAAAAAUCUGAAA